UCUAGUAAUAAUCACAUUCAAAUAUGGCUUUUCUUUCAUACAAAUUUUCCUUAGUUAUUUUAGAAAUUAUUUUAUUAACAGUUAUUAAAUGCUAUGCAGAAGAAAAUUGUGAGACAAUUCCUUCCGAAAUACACGUUACGAAAGAGGAAUACGACGACAUGGGUAGUCUAUUAAGAUCGUGCAGUGGUGAAGUUAGCGUAAAUAAAUGCGAAGGUAUAUGCAACAGUCAAGUGCAACCAUCGGUCGUUACACCGACAGGUUUUUUAAAGGAAUGUUUUUGCUGCAAGGAGAAUUACUUAAGAGAACGUUUAGUCACAUUGACCCAUUGUUAUGAUCCUGAUGGCCUCCGCUUCGAAGAUGAGGAUCGUGCAGUGAUGGAAGUGCGGCUUCGGGAACCUGCAGAAUGCAAAUGUUAUAAAUGUGGAGAUUUCAGUCGAUAAAUAAAUAUAUAAAUUUGACGUGUACCUUAUGUGACGAAAAUAUUAAUGCAUUUGAUUUAGAGAUGAUUUAAAUAUUAUGUUGGAAAAUAUUGGUCAAUACCUUUUGUAAAUAAUAACUUGUAGACAUACCGUAUUUUGUAAUAUUUGGUGAAAAAUAAUAA